AUGGACAAGUACAACCAACUCCUGGGACGACAGCCGCGGCGUCCUCCAACGGCUGCGAACAGCGUCUCGGUCGCCUCCACCUCGACGCUCACCGCUACUUCGUCGUCCAUGUCGUCCGAACUCCCCCGUAACUUUUCCACCGACAGCGCCCGGCCGCAUACGCCGCCCUCUACCAGACCCUCCAUAUCCGUGCUGUCGUCCAAACAAGACGACUACCCUGAAGAUCACCCCAGCCCGACAUCUGAUGAAGUCGAUCGGGCGGUGUGGGCGGGAGCAUCGGACUCUGACCUGGACGAUUCCACCGACGAUUCGACGCCGCACCCGAGCACUCGCGCGCCGUCCCGGUCCGCUACCACACGUACCAAGUCCAAGAAGUCGAUCUUCUCCUCAAUCUUCUCAAAGUUCGCUAAGACUGGCAAGCGUUUUGGCUUCGUACCAAACAGCAAGGAGGAACAAGACAGAAAUGUGCUCCAACAUCAGAUCAUCGCCGAACUCUUCGAUGGUAGACUCCACCUUGCCCCGGUCGUGAAGGCCAGGGCCGUUCUGGACAUUGGCACUGGGCCAGGGUUAUGGGCAUUACCGGCUGACAUGGACGCAGGAAUACGGCAAGUUCCUCAUGUUGGCCUUCAAGGCCUCCUAACGUGGUCCACACUAACCCUUGUUCCAACAACAGCCAAGAAGAAUCCCAACUGUGCCGUACUAGGGAUUGACAUUGAGAAGGUUCGCCCGCCAUAUUCGGUGUCCAACUGCUCGUUCAAAAUCAUGGACGCGACAGCGGAUUGGAACCUAAACAGGCAAUUCGACUUUAUCCAUGUCCGUAUGCUUGGUGAUGUGUCAGAGAAGGAACAACUCAUCAAGUCUGUCUACGACCACUUGAAUCCUGGUGGCUGGGCUGAGUUCACAGAGUGGAUUGCCAUACUCCAGUCUCCAAACCGAUCCUUGGAGGGCAGCGCAUUCCACAAAUGGAAUUUGCUGCUCCGACAAGGCCUGCAGAACAUGGGACGAUCUCUACACUAUCCCAACCAUUACCAGCCUAUCUUAGAGAAGGCCGGCUUCGAGAGGAUGAAGAUAACGAAGCAUGCUGCCCCCACGAACUCGUGUUAUCCGGGCAAGAAGUGCCAAAGAUUCGGUGCCAUGAUGACCAAGAACUGGAACGCCAUCAUCGAGCCGCUCAGUGUCCCGGUUUUCACCAUUGGCCUCGGCUGGACCGAGCCCCAAGUGCUUGCGUUGGUUAAAGACGUCCGUGAAGAGAUUGGCGAUACAAACUACCAUUCGUUCAUGACAUUGUAA